ACCCCUCCCAAGCAAACAACAAAACCAGCCUUUUCCAAUGGCCUGAUUACUAACAAACGGUUCUUUCCACGCGCUUUGCCAAGGUACAUCCUUCUGCCUUUGCCGCACAUUGGGAUCCCCGAAGGGCUGGGCGUGGAAGGCAUGUGUGAUCCCACCUCCUCUUCCCCGGCCCGGGACAAGCCACACAAGCAGCGCCUCCAGCUGUCACUUCUGCUGGGGCUCUGGCCUUUGCCGUGCAGCGCUGCCUUUCCCCAACUUCUCCGCCCCCCCAGCCGCGCUCUGACCGCAGGCUCUGGCUAUCUCGGUGGACUUGCGGACGGAUCCCCGACCGGGCAGGUUUCGGGGCGCGGGGCGCUUUUCUGCGCAGGGGGGAGGGGAAGCGGGCUAACUUCGCCGUCCCACCUGCUCUGCGGCGGAGCGCCCGGGAGGGCAACCUCCUGCGCGAGCGCCUGCCCAGCCCCUGGCCGCGGUGCAGCCUUUGAGUCGGCAGCCUUGGCUGGAGAGCGGGGGCCACACGGGCAGAGCAGAAAGUGAAAGUAACUUGUGCACGCGGAAGUCCUAUGGGAAAAGCAGAGCCCCGCGGAGCCAGCGCGUCUCCCCCAAGAAAGAUGCGGCCGGAGGGCUGCUGAGUCGGGGAACGCCCGCUCCUUUGCACAGCGGCGCCUGGCGCAGCCAGGCCCGGCGGAUUCUGCACUCCCAGAGCCUCCCCUCGGGCUCUGCACCAGCCUCGCACCAUGCACAAGCCUCUGCCACCACCAUGACCGAGAAGCCACCAGCGCAGCUCUCUCCACCUCCCCCUGCGGACAAUGUUCCAUGUUUUUUUUAGGUCUGUCUUUGGGAUUCUGCCACUGUUCGUAGUUCUGUUGCCAGUAAAUUCAUCUACUUGUGUGAUGGAAAAUACAACUGUAAUACGUGAAAAGUACGAGAAUAUCCUAAGCCACGAUAUUGAAUUGCUGGAAAAUAUGUCUGAAGAGUAUCGUGACAGGUGCUGCAGGAAUAAAAGACAUGAAAACCCCAGUGCAUUUUUCUGCAAUGAUACUCAGGAAAUAAGGUCAUUACAGAAUAUGGCAUGUGACAUGCUUAAGUUCUUUUAUAAAAAAAAGAUCAACAAAGAUUUCAGAUGGCAAACUGCUCGAGUUUCAUGUAUGACAUUAGAAAUUCUACAUUGCAGAUGUGAUAGAGAGAGCAAAAAUAGAAAGGUUUGCAUAUUGCUUACACAACCCAGCAAAGACACACUAGGGGCACAAGACCCCAAGAAAAAAUGUUGCCAAGAAUUAUGUGAACUAAAAGAAACUAUAGCUAGCCUUAGAUCCUGCUGGAAUAAGUUUGAAAAAGAAAUUGCUAGUCCUGAUGAGAAGAUCCAAUACCUUGUUCCUGGGGACAAAGCCAUUGGAAACCAACAAAUUCUAAAGUUCAAGAAGUGGAAGCUAACAACACAAUUGGAAGCAAAGACAUACAGAACAGAAUGCUGUAGCCUCAUCUUCACAUGAUGAAAAACACUUAGACUUUGUAGCUAUCUACAGGUACUUGGUCAUGUUUUUUCAGUAACUUUAUAUGACUUUAAGGUGAGAAGAAACUUGGGAGGUGCCUACUGUGACAAAUAAUCUUGGAAAAGGCAAAGAAAGCAAAAUGUCAAAUUAAUAUGAUGUUUUAUAUAACUACAUCAUGGAUCAAAACUAACAGUUAUGCUAGGUAAGAAUGGCUCCUGAGCCAGUUCUGCUGAUGCAAUAAUAUUUGAAGUACUGGUAUCUGAUGGGAUCUGCAAGCUGCUUUUGAGGCUAAAAAAUGGAACCAGGUCUGUGCCAGAAAAAGAUAGGGGAAUGAAUUAUUUUUACACAGCCUAGGAAGAGGUAUCAGUUUUGGAGGGAUCUAGCACAGACGCUGCUGAAGUAGCUAGAGGCAAGACAGAGUAAGGCCUGUGGAUGGGGAAAAGGGUAGCUCCUGAACACGAGCAAGAUCGGCUGACUGGAGAAAAUAUUAGCAUUGUGGAUUUAGUAAUCACAGUUAGCUGCAGGAAUAGUUAGAAUAGCUUACAUUAAUUGUGAUGACUUUAGUGUAUAUAUUUUAUAUAGCGUAUUUAACAUAAAACAGACAUGACAAGGUAUGUAUGAGUAUUUUCAGAGAAUAAUAUAUUGGCAUUUUACUAAUUAUAUGUUCAUAUUUAAUUUUUGAUGAAUUUAUAAAUAUUUAUUAGUUGCUUAUACCUCACAAUUUCUUACUUAGAUAUUACUACUCCUUUUGUAACAAAAGCCACUUUUAAUAUAUCUAACAAAAUGAUGUCUCUUUUGGUAUCAUUGCUU